GGGUACAAUUCUUUCCAAAAUAAAAAAUAAUAAACGUGCUUCAAAUAAAAAAUUAAAUAAAUUCUGUAAUAGUAAAGCUUCAAAUCUUUAAACAAAAUGACUGCAAGAUCAAAGAAACGUCGCAUGAAAAAUUCACGCAUAAAGAGAGAUAGAAACAAGGUAAAGGAGCUCAAAAGAUUGCAAAAAACUGUUAUGGGUGGAAAGGAAUUGAUGGAAGUUUGUGGAGAUCUUGUUGACGAGAAAACUGUGGAAGAAUUGAAAAAGAAACAAGCUGAAAAAUUAAUUGAAGAAGAAUUCAUUCAAGAAAAAUUAGCAGAAAUUGAUGAAGGAACCUCAAAGAAAAAGAAGAAAAAGAAUGCCAAGACAAUGACUAUUGUUAAUUCAAAUACAGGCAAAGUUCACCACUACAACACACGAACACUCAAAGAUGAAUUCAAUUCUUAUCCGCCAUGGCUUAACGUUGGAAAUCACAAAAGAAAGAUCAAACGUAAGAAGACUGCAAUCAAGAAGAAUCAAUUCUACACUGGCGCAAUUCACAUUGGAGUUAAUUAAUUGUAUGCUAACAUUUCCGGAAUUAUUUGUAAAAAAAAUAUAAAAUUUUUCAAUUUGAAUUCAAA